UAGUUCUCCAAUUUUUCCUCUGAAGUUGGAUUUUUAAAGGGAUUAUGUUGCCGCAGAGGAGAAUAGUGCGGAAGCGCGCUCUACAAGAGCAACGACCACUGCGUACAUUUCGUACCGAGUUUAACAUCUACGAAAGUACAACCAGCGAGGAACGCUACACCUCCACUACCACCCACUUCACCCAAUCGCAGUACUCAACGGAACGCCAUGAGACGUCAGCGACGAUCUCAAGUGAAAUACAGCGUAUGUCCUCGAGGGAAUCGUCACCCCUCAAGAGGCCCUAUGGUACAAACCACAGUGGUCAUCUUACCGCGAAUGGCGAUGGUCCCGUACAAACGGAGAUCGAUGGUUGUCACCUUGAGAAAAAUAGCAGUAUGCAGUUUAGAGAGAUAAGAAGUCUAAAGAAAAUAAACAGAUCAGAGAACACUAGCGAUAGAGACAACAUAAUAGAGGAUAGGGGUAUCGUACAUCCUGUGACGGGUGAGGUACUUACCGUUGGCGAAGCGAUAAGCCUUAGGAUACUUGACGUUAGGAACGGUAGAAUUGCUACGUCUCUCGAUGGAAAAACGAGUGUCUCGAUCGAGGAGGCUGCGCGGUUAAAUCUCAUUGACGUUGAUCUUGCCCAUCGCUUGUUAGGACCAUGCGGCGUCAUCGAGAAUGGCCGAAGGUUAUCACUGCUAGCAGCUAUUCAACGGGAAUUAUUUGAUGCUGAACGUGGCGAUGAUAGAGUCAAGGUAACUUGUGUAUCAACUGGUGUUAGCGUUGCAGAUGCGAUGAAACAGGGAUUACUUGAUCCAGAGACGGGACUAUUUGUUAAUGAGAAAGGGGAGAGAAUGACUAUUGAGGAGGCUUACAAUCGUGGAUAUCUCGUGAGACUAAAUACAACUGUUAAGAUAAAACGUGGGGCCCUUGCACUUUCUGAUGCCAUUGCCCAGGGAUUAGUUGAUGAACGUACGGGUCAGAUUAUUGAUAGAAAUACUGGUGAGAGUUACUUGCUUGACGAGGCCAUUCAGAGAGGUGUCAUUGAUCCUGAUGUUAGAGAAGUUGUUGAUGCUAAGAAUGACGUUAAAAUUACUAUUGCUGAUGCUAUGAGUCUGGGGAUUAUUAAUCCUAAGAGUGGGAGAUAUAUUCAUGGAAUAACAAUGGAAAAACUGUCGUUCAGAGAGGCUAGGAGACGGCAACUUAUCGUUAAACCAAUGACGCUCAAAGAUUGUUGUGAUUUGGAGAUUAUUGAUGAUAGAGGGAAAAUUUCAAGUCCCGCACACAAGUAUAAGCUGGGAAUUCUAGAAGCUGUUACAGCUGGGGUUCUAGAUUCUGAUACAGUUAAAUCGGUUUCUGACACAAGAACUGGUGAAUUACUGACACUGUCUGAUGCAUUAGCGAGUGGUAUUAUCAUUGCGAAUAGUAGGUACAGAAAUCCGAAGAAUGACGAGGAGCUCUCGAUUCCUGAAGCUGUUGAUAGAGGACUGAUAACGUCGGUAGCGCAGAAAUCAAUAUUCGAUAUUGAUGGAUUCAAAGACCCAGUUUCGGGUGAAUUCAUCAGUCUUAAUACAGCUUUGCUGAAAGGCUUGAUUAGUCCGAAAUCGGGGGGUUCGGUUGUCGUAGACUUGGUGACAGGGAGGACAGUUUCCUUUGGCGAAGCUACAGAGUUAGGUCACGCUCGUCCAGAAGUCAUGGAGAUGUUGAACAGAGGUAUAGGGGUUACGGAAAAUGGUCGGGAAGUUAGUGUACUAGAGGCAGUGUUGUUGAAUUUGUUGGAUCCUAAAUCAGGACAGUUGUUAGAUCCAAGAACGGGGAAGCCAGUGCCUUUGGAGGAAGCGAUAAGACGAGGCUUGAUAACACCUGAUGGUGCUGCACUUCUUGCUAGUCUUCUGAAUAUUACGGUUACAACUCAGACUGUUACCAAGACAAUAAAGAAAUACGUGACUGUGACGGAGACUGGUGAGACAAUAUCGAGGGACUACAAAAUUUCGUACAGGGAAGCUGUAGACAGGGGUUUGAUUGACGAAAGAACUGGCGAGUUCACGGAUCCAGAUAGUGGUAGGCGAAUUGAUGUUAAGAAUGCUAUUGACGAGCGUCUGUUGAGUGCCCCCGAUGUCAGGGAGGUCGAGAGACCCUCCCCCAAGAAAACUAAGGACUCUCCUUCUAAACAGAUGACCUUUGAGAGCACUCUGUACGCCAGGGUUGGCGAUGAGCCAAUCCAGCGGCCUUCCUCACCUCCCAGGGCAAUUGGAACUACAACUACUAUUAUUAGUCAUGAAUAUGUACAGCCUACUAAUGAGGUUAGCGCAAGCAAUGUUUCAGUCUCUUCCCCUGAACCUUCUAAAAUGUCUUCCAGUAAUUCUCGAACUAAUUCACGAUCUAGAAGUCCCUCGCCUGUCAAACAUAUUACUACUGUUGUAGUUACUCCAGAUUAUGGUGAUGAGGAUGUAGAUGAUUUAGGUAGUAAGAGUUAUUCCGAAGUGCGAAAAACUACAAGUAUUAUGAGAGAAGUUGAAACAUUCAUUGAGAAAGAAUCUAGUUCGAUGGAGAAGAAAGUAUUCGAGCUGCCAUCUGAAGGGUGGAUGCUUGCCGAUGCUAUUAAUCAGAGAUUAUUCGAUCCUAUCACAGGACUCUUUAUCAUUCCUGGUACAGACAGACUCGUUUCAUUUGAAGAAUGCGUUAAACUCGAAAUCAUUAAUCCCGAUUCAGCAGUCGUUAUUGAUCCCAAUAAUGGUAGGAAGAUUUCGUUACUUAGAAGUUUAGAGAAGAAUAUUUUAGAUUCAACCGGGCAUUACACACAUCCUCAUAAAAUCUCCAUGAAAGAAGCGAUCAACAAGGGCUUAGUUAUUUUAGACGAUAAGAUGACAGAUGUCGAUGUGAAAAAUUCUCGACUCAUUCAGAUUACGAAAGUAUCAGGAAAACCGGAUAAGGUUGAAGUUAGUGGUGUAGAAUUGACCUCCGAGGGACAAUUCACAUCUGAUCCGGUUCAGGUUACUCAGGGUGUCAUUUAUGAUCCUGAAACAGCUCUGGUUAUUUUCACUGAAACCGGAAAAUCUGCUAAUAUUUUAGCAGCUGUUAACGAAGGUGCCUUAGAACCUGAAGCAGUAGUCGUUAGAGAUCCUCAGACAGGUAAGGAAAUCAGUCUCAGUGAGGCUGUUGACAAGGAAAUCGUGGACCCACGAACGGGUGCUUACCUUGAUAAUACCGGUCGGAAGAUUUCAUUAGCAGACGCGGCUAAAUUCGGUCUGAUAGCAGUUGUGGGGACACCACUGGUGGCUGCUGCUGCAGCUGUCGAGGCUGUGAAGAAAGCCAUGAUCAAAGACCCGAAGACUGGUGAGAAAAUCCCUAGGGAAGUCGCAAUUGAACGCGGGCUAGUUACACCAGAUCAAGUCAUAAGUCAUUCAGAGAUCGUCACGACUAGUGUCACAAUCAAAGAUCCAAGAACAGGGAAGGAAAUACCUGCAAUGGAAGCUCUUGAGAAAGGACUCAUAAAGCCAGACCAGAUCAACAAGAUGGUUACAAAGGCAGAACCAACGACAGUCUCUGUAAAAAUGGCUGGGGAUUCAAGGAAUUCAUCUGAGGAGGCCAAUGACGUGGGACCAAGCAUAACUGAAGAGACACGAGACAGCGUGACCACUGAACCGAAAUACAUGGUAACGAUAGGGAAAUCUCAACCCAUUUCUCAAAGCCCUGAAAGAGAGGCAAAACCUAUAAUUCUUCAGAAAAUGAGAAAGCGAAUUGUUGAGCCCCAGGAAGCUCUAGACAGUGGAUUAAUUGACAAAGAAACUUUGCAUAUAUUAGAGCCAAUUAUGGAAGAAGCUAGUGAAUCUGUGAGGGAAGCUAUAAAAAAUAACAGAAUCGAUCCGAACAGUGGGAAGAUUAUAGACCCCCAGACAGGCGAUGCUUUGACCAUCAAGAAGGCUCUGGAUCGAGGGCUUUUGGAUCCAGAAAGCGGAAGUGUCCUAGUGCCUCUAGCUAAGAGCUUAUCAGUCCCUGGUCUGUAUAAUCAAGGCCUUCUAGAUCCGCACGAAGGCACAGUGAUUCAUCCAGAAACUGGCCAGCACCUUUCACUGAACGAAGCCAUCGUCUGCGAAAUUGUUGACCCACAAUCACAACUGGUUCAUCACGAUGGAAAUCACAUAUCGAUUGAAUCGGCGAUUGCAAGAGACAUCAUUGAUCCUGAUAACUCCCUCAUCCAGACAGAAGAAGGUGAUGUCAACCUUGUUGAUGCUGUCGAGCAAAAUAGAUUCGAUACAACUGAAUUCACGAGUCCCAUGUCAUUGCCACCUGUUGGAAUGACUUUCCCAGUUGCCUUAAAACGUGGUCUAGUGGAUGUAUCGAAGAGAGAAGUGACUCAUCCAAUAACCGGUGAUCAUUUGUCUUUGGAUGAAGCGAUUGAAAAGGGUCUCAUCAUGUCCGUUCCACAUCCAGCUGCACCUGAUUGUAUAGAAGUAACAAAAGCCGCUGAGGCUGGUCUUAUAGACGAUGAUAAGGGUGUUUUUAUUCAUCCAAAAACUGGUGAAGAAAUUCCUAUAUCAGAAGCCUUUGAAUCUGGAGUUCUAAUUGUUAAAGCGAAACCUGAUGAUGACGUGGUGACAGCUAUCACGGAAACAAUUACAUCGUACCAUACUAUUACUACUAAAACUGUGCAGGUGCAGCCUGGUUAUACUCUCCUAAAUGCCAACGAAAUUCAGAACACAAAAACUGGGGAAGUCAUCUCCAUGGAGGACGCUGAGAGACAGGGGAUUGCCACAGACGAGUCUGAGACACGAGAAGAAUUACCAACUAGAGAUAUUAAAAUGGCAUUCAGUGACGCAGUUGAGAGAGGUCUGAUUGACAUGAAUGCAGGAACAUUUAAAAUUCCAGGAACUGACGAUGUGAUACCCAUCGCGAAGGCUAUAGAAGAUGGAAUCCUUGAUACAUCUCAAAGUUCAGUGACUGAUUCCCCGAAGAAAGGCUCGACUACCAGCUUAACUGUUCUUGAAGCUGUUGAUCAAAUUUACGAUGAGAAGACUGAGAAGUUCAUCGAUCCGACGACCAAUAAAUCGUAUGAUCUGACGGAAGCUAUCGACGUAGGUCUCAUAGAAUCAGACUCUGUUGUCUACGAUGUAAAGUCGGGGGCUCCAGUGACAACGGAGGAGGCGAUUGAGCGAGGAAUUCUCGAUGCCAAAACUGGAAAAGUGAAAGAUGCAAAGGGAAGUUCAAUUUCUGUGGCGGAGGCUGCGAAAUUGGGACUUUUAGCUGUUGUUGCUGCUCCAGUCCUCGCAGGUAAAGUUGUCGUUGACGCUAUCAAGAACAGAAAGACAAGUGAUAGACGACCAACAAUGUCACCUGUUCAAGAAGCCAGUCCCAUUCAUCAGCAACAAGUCGUUGAAAGAUCAACAGUGAGAGAUGAAUCGAAGCUUACGACAGUCACUGAGAAAUUCAUUCAAGCGGAGCAGAUGAGAGCGAAGGAGUGGGAGCCAAUUCAAACGACAAUGGAAGAGGCUAUCGAUAAUGAUCUCAUUGAACCUGCGAACUGCAGAAUGAUCGUUGGGCAGAGAGAAUCCCCAAUGAGUGUUCAUGAAGCACUGGAACGACACGAAGUCCGUUUGAAUGAGCAAGUAAUCGUCAUAGAUCCCACAACUGUUUCUCUCCUCGAAGAAAGACCGCGAUUCAAGAUCGAAAUCACACGGUACUUGACUCCAGAAUAUCUCGCUGACCAAGGUGUUUAUGACCUGGAAACUGAAAAAUUCUUGAAUCCGUACACCGGAUAUCCGAUUAGCUUCCAAGACUUUGUACUUGGCCUGGAGAUCUUCGAUCCCGACCGUGUUUACGUGAAAGAUUUGUCGAGCAAGACUGAUUCGUAUGUAUCCCUCCGUGAAGCAGUUAACCGUCCACUAGUCGACAGAAAUCUUGGCAAUAUGGUUGAUCCAAAGAGCGGCAAGAAGAUUCCUUUCCUGGAAGCCACUAAACAAGGCCUUAUUUUCCAACGAAGUCCCAUAAACGAAGACGAAUUUUCAUCUCUGACGCUGCAAGAAGCGAUAGAGUCUGGAAUAUGUGAUUCUAUGAGUGGUACCUUGCAGGAUCCACGUACUGGUGAACAUUUGUCAAUCGUUGAUGCAGUCGAAGGGGGCCUGAUUGAUGCUGAGUCCAUCAGCAUCCGUAAUCCAGCGAAUGAUGAGAUAAUCCCACUCGCUGAAGCAAUCGAUUCAGGAAUAGUCGAUCUAACUCGUGGAGUGAUCAUCAACGUGGAAACGAGAACAGAGAUUGACCUAAAAGUAGGAUUUUCAAAGGGUCUCAUUGUAUCUGCUCUGCGUAAGCCCAUUUCACUCGAGGCCGUCAUCAACAAAGGCCUCUACGAUCCUGACUCCGGACAAAUUCAAGAUCCAAUGACAAAACAACCCAUAGAUAUCGAAGAAGGAGUUCGCAGAGGAAUAAUUGACGCCUUCAUAACAGAGUGCCAAGACACCAAAGCAGGCUCACUGCUUUCCUUGGACGACGCACUAUCAGUGAAACUUAUCAACCCAAAGACUGGAAGACUACGUGAUACUAAAGCCGGAGAGUUGCUUCCUCUCGACGUGGCUCUUGCCAAAAAGCUAAUAAUCACAACGCCGUUUGUGCCUUCACUGAUUGAUGUUAUAGUCCAAGAAUAUUACUCCCCAAAAACUGGUCUCGUCCUCAACCCCAUGACUGGAGACGAGAUGACUGUAAAGGCAGCAUUAUCAACUGGUUUUGUUGAUGGUCGGAUGAUAGCUGUAAAAGACGAGAGGAAAGAUGGAGUCGUACCUCUCCAAGAGGCCGGAAAUUCAGGUCUCUUAGAUCUCGACAAAGGGGUUCUAGUCUACCCUCAUCCUAUGAUGCUUGACCAGGCGCUGGAAAAGGGUUACAUCCUAAGUACAAUGAAACCAUGGACCCUUCAAGAAGCUCUAGCCCACCAGGUAUACUCCCCAACAAGCGGAAUGUUCACCAUCGAAGGUGAUCGAUUAACCCUAGAGCGAGCGAUCGCAAAAGGCCUCAUCAGUCAUGACAGUCCUUCUGUGAAAGAUCCCAGAACUGGAGAUGUAAUUUCCCUGAACGACGCCAUUAAACUCGGAUUAAUCGAUCCCAAAUCGGGCACAGCCUUAGAUCCAUCCACGGGUACAGCCCUAUCCCUGAUAGAUGCAGUUGACCGCGGUUUGGUGGUUCCAGCGAAACGCAAGAUUUCAUUGCCUGAAGCGAUCUUCAAGGGCUUCUAUGAUCCAAAAACAGGACAGUUCACUAGCUUCGGCACAAAGGAGAAACUUCCGACGGAUCGCGCUAUCAAAGAGGGAGUCAUCGACCCCACAUCAGCUAUCGUCAAAGACCCUAACGGUGAUGUAAUCACGUUCUGCAAGGCCAUUGAGGCUAAAAUCAUUGAUCCAAAGACUGGGACAGUAACCACAGAAGAAGGAAAGUCUUUAGACUUCCAAGAGGCGUUUGAACAAGGCGUUCUACUUGAAGCCAGAAGACCAAUGAGCUUCAGUGAGGCUGCACUCAAGAGCGUUCUCGACGUCAAAACAAACUUGUUCCUGGAUCCAAAGACUGGAGCUUAUUUGACAAUAGCUCAGGCCAUUGAUCGUAAUCUGAUCGACGCUGGUUCAGUAUUCGUCCGGGAUAGUAACGUGGGAAUCUCUCAGAAAACAAGUCUCCCUGACGCGAUAAAAACAGGACUGAUUGACGGCACCACUGGACGAGUCAAAGACGUAACAAGAAACAACCUCGAAGUAUCUCUGAUUGAGGCUUAUGAACUUGGUCUGAUUGUCGAUAACAAAGCACCGAUAUCCGUCCAGCGAGCGAUCCACCAAGGUCUGUACGACGACAAGACCGGGAAAAUUAUUGAUCCCAGCAACGGUCGAGCAAUUACUCUGCACGAAGCCAUGCGAAUGGGCAUCAUCAAUCCCAAAUUAGUCUGCUACUGGGACAAACGGGGAGAAUCUCUCCUGUCCCUCGCGGAGUCAUGCAGGGCGGGCAUGGUAGACAGGCGUUCUGGAAUGUUCAAAGAACCGGGCGCUCAUUACCCUAUUCCUCUUUCGCUAGCCCUCCAACUGGGGUUGAUAAUCGAUAUUGAAAGCGCCGGUUUUAGCUUGUACGAAGCAGUUCACAUGAAGAUGUACGAUGCUUCGACUGGCAAGUUCACUCAUCCUUCGAGUAACAAACGACUCACAUUAUCCGAGUCCUGUCAGGUAGAGCUGAUAAAUCCUCUCAUCUCCAUCGUUAAGAAUACCCAAACGGAUCGGUAUAUUCCGCUGUCCGAAGCAAUUGCCGCGGGCAUUGUUGACGAUAUUCGAGGGACGUAUGCUAUUCUUGAACUUGAUGAAGUCAUGGACUUGAAGGAAGCUAAAGACAAAGGUUACAUCGUUCCGUCGCAUAAGCCACUGUCAAUUGAGGAGGCAGUGAAGUGCGGAUUGUACAGGGGAGACAGUGGCAAAUUCGUUGAUCCAUCAGCCAACGAGUUUCAAGAUUUGGUUCAGGCUUUCAGUUCAGGUCUUUUAGAUCCGGACACAACUGCCCUGAAGGACGCCACUUCGGGGCAGAUAAAAUCUUUGCAAGAGGGCAUCAGUGAUGGGACGGUUGAUGCCCCUAAGGGGCGCAUUCUCGAUCGUAAAACAACGCGUUCGUACAAUAUUGACAUUGCGUUAGAGCGGGGGUUACUAGUUAAUAUCGAUAAACCGUUGAUGCAACAGACACAACGAAAGACGUCUAUCGAGCUUCAGAAAUCGGGAGUCAGUAAAGGUGUCAGAGAAUGUAGUAUCGAGGAAGCCGUACGGUAUGAGCUUCUAGACCCAGCGAAGUCGUUAGUUAAAGAUCCAAAAAGUGGAAAGUUUAUCUCUUUGAGCGAAGCGUUGAAACACGAUGUUGUCGAUUCUUCCAAGAGAGGAACAUUCGAGGCCCAAAGUGGAAAGUUACCUCAGCAAUUGAUUCGUUUCGAAGACAUUAACGUUUAUCUGGCAGAGCCAUUGAGCCUAGACAUAGCUGUGGAGAAAGGCUAUCUGAUUCUCGAGACGGCAAAAUUGACAGAGCCAAAAUCAAACGAAGAAUUGACUCUGAAGGAGGCAGUAACUCUCGGUAUAAUCGAUCCCGACUCGGCCCUGAUUAAAGACGUUAAGAAGAAAAAAUUAGUUAAACUACCCGAGGCAUUCAGAAAGGGCAUGAUGGAUGGUGAAAAGGGAAAUGUUUUGGACACCGAAACAUCAAAAUUAUAUACCCUGAAAAAAGCCGUUGAGACUGGCUUGUUGACAACCCAAAAGCGUGGAAUACCGUUUAUUGAAACCCUACAAUUUGGCCUUUACAAUCCCACAACCGGUUGUUUCAAUGAUCCAUUCAUGAUAACAUCCGUCGUAGAUCGUAAACCCUUGACACUGAGUGACGCGUUAGAGUCAGGCUUAAUAGAUCCCUCCACAACCGUGAUUAAAGACCCCGUUAAUGGAAAUAUAUCGAGCCUACUUGAAGCCAUAAAUGAAGAGAAUGUAGAUCCCAUUGCUGGAAGAUUGCGCAAUGAUCCUGAUGACAAAGACCUUGACUUUGUGGUAGCCUUGGAAAGGGGUUACGUACUCGCAGCUGAGGCGAGGCAAGCGGUUAAGGAGAAGUAUAAGGUGUGUGAUGAAACACUCACGAAACUCUUGCAAUGGAUCUCUGAUGUUGAGGACAAACUCGCGCAUCAGGAUGUUGUCAGGGAAGAUAUUGAGGAUCUUAGGAAUCAGAUAAACAUCAUGAAGCAAAUAAAGGAGGACAUAGAGAGCCACAACCGUCCAGUGUCCUCGGUCCUGGACCAAAUCCGCCAGGUGGUGAUAACCGGAAGCGACGUACUAUCGAGCGACGAGGUGGCGACCCUGGAGAAGAACGGCAGAUCCCUGAAGACUCGUUACGACCGAUCAGCGGAUCGCACAGAUCGCCUCCUGCGGCGUUUGGCAGGAGCCCGAGACGAACUAACUAAAUUCAAGAACGAGAUCUCCUCCUUCUCCUCCUGGCUGGACAAGGCCCGUCGAGUCCUAGAGGAGAAGGAGCGCUCGCUCUCCGACCUGAACAGACUCAGCUCGAGCACAGACACCACCAGGGACUUCAUCAGCGACGUGAUAGCCCACCAGGCCGACCUUCGUUUCAUCACGAUGGCAGCGCAGAAAUUCGUGGACGAGAGCAGAGAAUACCUCCAGGUGCUGAACGACUUCAGAACGAGUCUCCCUCAGCGUCUCUCCCACAAGGAGCCAACAGCAAGUCAAGACUCACCAGUUCGCAACGAAGUUACCAUCGUCACAGCCCAGUACAAGGACCUCCUCUCUCGCGCCACAAAUCUCUCCGACCGAUUGUCAGGCGUUGGUGGACGACAGCGUGACUAUCACGACUCGUUGGAGAAGGCGAAAGAGUGGCUGAAGGAGGUUGAGCCUAGAGUGCUGAGAGUCAUUGCAGAGCCAGUUGCUGCUGAGCCAAAGCAAGUCGAGGAGCAAUUGUCAACAGCCAAAGCCCUCAACAACGAGCUGCUGGCGAAUGCUCGACUGAUCGACAACGCCAAGUCGAGUCUUGAGAGCCUCCUGAGGUCGUUGGACGGACAGCUGACACCGAGCGAAGCCAGUCUCCUCGAGGAACCAGUCAGAAUCCUGGAGGACAAGUACAGACAGCUGUCCAACGCCCUCGCUGAGAAGUGCCAGGAGCUGGACACAGCUUUGGUGCAGAGCCAGGGGGUUCAGGACGCCCUGGACAGCCUCGUAGCCUGGCUGAACAAUGUCGAGAGCCAAUUCAAAAACAUGCAGCGUCCAGCGAGCCUCAACAAAGAUCGCCUCGAGGAGCAGCAGAGGGAACAGCGAAUGCUGCAGUCCGAUCUGGACAGCCAUCGUCCCAGUGUCGAGGCCAUAUCAGCUUCUGCUCAGGAUUUGUUGAUUAAUUCCAGCAAUGCACGGGUUGCCAAGAGGAUCGAGGGCAAGCUGAAGGACGUGCAGAGUCGAUAUGAGAAGCUGAUGGACAAGUCACUGCGCAGGGGAGAAUUCUUGGAGGAAAUAGCGCAGGCACUUCACGACUUCUCCAGGGAGACUGCUCAGUUUGACACGUGGUACUCUCACAUGAUCGAGAUUCUCGAGUCCAGGGAGCUCUCCAAGCUCGAUGUCAGUGAGUAUGAGAGCAAAAUGGCGCAGUUGGUGGACAAACGUGAAGAUCAACGAGGCAAUUUUGAGGAUCUCAUUCGAAAUGGAAAGAAUCUGGUGGGGAAGAAGGACAUCACUGAUGCUGCGCACAUUCGGGACAAGAUCAAGGCUGUUGAGACCCAGUGGAGGGAGCUGAAUAAUCUACUUGAUGAGAAGCAACGUCUCAGCAAGUCCAGGGCUGAACAGCUGGGGGCUUACGAGAAACUGCGUGAUCAGGUCCUCGACUGGCUGACUAGGACUGAGAACAGAGUGACGAGGCUACAGCCGGUGGCUGUUGACCUGGAGAGACUGAAGGUUCAGACUGAUGAGCUCAAGCCUAUUCAGAAGGAGUAUCGAGACUAUGGGAACACCAUUGAUAAGGUCAAUGAUCUGGGGAUUGUGUAUGAUAGUCUGCUGAAGGAACGCGGGGAGAGCCCACCCAGACGUCGUGGCAGCGCCAGUCCCACCAAGAGGACCAGCAUCAACAGCCCACUCCGCCGAACCUCACAAGACGGUCGUUCACCUUCCCCCACUAAGUCGUACGCGGUUCAAAGUCCGGUAUCUCCAGGUGGUAGCAGUGGAUUCAGCAGCAGACGAUCAAGCCAGGAUGGCUUCCAUCUGGAGGAGUUGUCGGUGGUUCAGCAGCAGCUGUCUGAGAUUAAUAAUCGGUAUGGGCUGCUGGGAGUCAGGCUAUCUGAUCGUCAGUCAGAGUUGGAUAAUAUCAAGGAUGAGAUCAGAAAGUUGUUGGAUAACUUGAAGACUUUGUUCCAAUUUUUGGAUAAGAUUGAACGUCAACUUCCGAAGGAAGCCAUUCCCUCCACAAAAGAAGAAGCAGACAAAACAGUCAAACAGAUAAAAAUGAUAGUCGAAGAGAUGUAUGAGAAGCAAUCCCUCCUCGACAGCACAAAGACCCAAGUACGAGACAUUGUUCGUCGUAAGAAGAACGCAGAGGGUGCAGACAGGCUGAACGACGAGCUGGAGGACGUGGCGAGUCGUUGGAAGUCGAUCUCAGAUCGUUGCAAGGACAGAGUCAGGUUCUUGGAGGACAUCAAGGAGUUCCAUGAUGGCUACGAGAGCCUCAACUCCUGGUUGGGAGCUAAGGAGAGAAUGCUGGGAGCCCUGGGGCCGAUCUCGUCAGACCCAAGGAUGGUCGCUAGUCAAGUGCAGCAGGUCCAGGUUCUUCGUGAAGAGUUCAGAACUCAACAGCCCCAAUUGGAUCAUCUGGUGCAGGUCGGGGAGAGUGUGUGUGGACGACUGCCCAGUGACUCUGUUGAUGGCCACAAGAUUCGUACGAAACUCAGCAACAUCCUCCAACGCUGGCAUGAUCAGGUUGGACGUCUGGAUGAUCGUGCCCAGAGUCUCGGAGAUGCUGUUGACACUAGCAGAGAGUUCGACGCCAGUCUGAAUCGUCUUCGUGACGCCCUGCAAGCGAUUUCCGACAACCUCGACGAUUUGCCAUUGGACAAGGACCCUGAAGAGCAACUGAGGAAGAUUGAGAACCUCGAGCGUCAGCUGGAGGGCCAGAGGCCACUGCUCGCCGACGCUGAAGCUGCUGGUGCACAAUUGUGCGAAGUGUUGAGUGAUCCCGCAUCGAAGUCCGAGAUUCAGGGUAAACUGACAGCCGUUGGAAAGCUCUACACCAAUUUGCAGAAGAAGUUGGACCACAGGAAGGCCGAGCUCGAGGGAAGUCUCCGUGAUGGGAGACAAUUCGAGGCAUCCUGCAGCAAGACUCUUGGCUGGCUUGCCGAUGAACUUGGCAACAUGUCUGAGAAGCUUCUGGUGUCUGCUGACAGGGAGAUUCUCCAGCAGCAGCUCGAUCACCAUGAACCGAUCUACAGGAAUGUCAUGGGGAAGGAGCAUGAGGUGAUCAUGCUGCUGAACAAGGGCAGGGACAUCCUGAUGAGGGCCCCCAAGACCGAGAACAGGGCUCUGCAGAGGGACCUUGAUAAGAUGCAGAGCCAGUGGGAUCGACUGAAGAAGGACACCCUGGACAGACACACUAAACUGCAGACUUGUGCUGAACACUGCAAGAAGUACUACAGGGCCCAGGACUCAUUCCUUCCCUGGCUGAGGCAGGCUGAGGACAAGCUCGAUAGCUUGAAGCCUGCCUCCUUCAAGCGUAAGGAUAUCGAGCGGCAGCUGAAGGAGCUUUCGUCGUUUAGAAACGAGGUCUGGAAGCGCUCUGGGGAGUUUGAGAAUAACAAGAUGCUUGGGGAGACAUUCCUCAGUGCUUGUGACAUUGAUAAGGAUGUUGUUAAGAAUGAGUUGAGUGCUAUGAGGACGAGGUGGGACAAGUUGAAUAAUGACCUUUUGGAACGCACUCAGUCACUCGAGGACACAGCUCGUCACUUGGCUGAUUUCAAUGAGAAUCUGCGUGAUCUGCAGCAUGGUGUGCAGCGUUGUGAAGACAAAUUGGCUUCUCAUGAUGCUCUUGGAGGGGCCUCCAAAGAUCCGAAACUUCUUGACAGAAUAAAGAACCUAAGAGAAGAGACAACAGCACUGAAGAAGCCCCUGCAGGCGGUGAAGCAGCAGGCCCACGACCUGGCGAAUCGUGCUCGCGAGCAGGGUGUAGACGCAACUCACCUCCAGGACGAAGUGGAGAACCUAGCUGAUCGAAUCAACGAUCUCCAAGGGAAGCUCGACGACCGUUGCAACGAUCUCCAGAGUGCAGCAACAGCAGUUGCCCAGUUCAACGAUCAGAUCAAGGGGCUGACAUACGACCUCUCAGCCUUAGAAAAUGAAUUGGACACGAUGAAGGCGCCUGGCCGUGACAUAAAAACAGUUAGAUCGCAGAUAGAAGAAGUGGGAAAGCUCAUUCACAAGAUAAAUCGAGCCUCAGACGAGAUUGCAGUGCUGGUGAAUACCAGUGAGAACCUCGUGGACAGUGGAUUUGCAGCCGAUGCUGUGGCCACCAGGGACCAAGUGGACAGUCUCAAGAGACAGCUUGGAAGGCUUGACGAACGCUCUCGCAAUAGGGACGAGGAGCUAGCAGCAACACUGAACAAACUUCAGGAGUUCUACCACCUCCACGGUGACGUAAUGGACGACAUCAACGAGGCCAGCGAUCAAAUUCGAAGGUUUAAGCCCAUUGGCACUGACAUUGACUCCAUCAAAGCUCAGCAAGAGGACUUCAGAACCCUGAAAGCCACCAAGAUCGAGCCAAUAGCUCGUGCUGUUGACGAAUGCAAUCACUCGGGUCAGAAUCUGGUGCAGAGUGCUGGAAGGGACGUGAACACCAGUGGAAUAGAGAAGGAUCUCGACAAGAUGAACGAGAAGUGGAACGACCUGAAGGAGAGGCUGAACGAGCGUGAUCGCCGUCUUGACGUUGGUCUUCUGCAGUCUGGAAAAUUCCAGGAGGCCCUCGAUGGCCUCGAAAAGUGGCUGGCCGACACCGAGGAGAUGGUGGCCAACCAGAAGCCUCCAUCAUCCGACUACAAAGUGGUGAAGGCCCAGUUGCAGGAGCAGAAGUUCCUGAAGAAGAUGCUGAUGGAUCGUCAGAAUUCAAUGUCGUCUCUCUACAACAUGGGACAGGAGGUGGCAGCAGGGACAGAUCCCAAGGAGCGUAAAGCCAUUGAGAAGCAACUGACGGACUUGGUUGGAAGGUUCGAUGCUCUGACAGAGGGUGCAGCUGAGAGGAUGGAGGCCCUGGAGCAGGCGAUGGCAGUGGCCAAGGAGUUCCAGGAGAAGCUCAUGCCCCUUGCAAUCUGGCUGGACAAAACUGAGAAGAGGGUGAAGGACAUGGAGCUGGUGCCAACUGACGAGGAGAAGAUUCAGCAGCGAGUUGCUGAGCACGACCGCCUCCACGAUGACAUCCUCUCGAAGAAGCCGUACUUCAGUGAGCUGACGGAGGUGGCGAGCCAACUGAUGAGUCUGGUGGGUGAGGACGAGGCUUCCCUCCUUGCUGACAAGCUUCAGGACGCCACUGACAGGUACGCCAGUCUCGUUGAGAGGUCAGAGGCCCUCGGAAAUCUCCUUCAGAGAUCGAGACAGGGUCUUCGUCACCUGGUUCUGACGUACCAGGACCUCCAGGCUUGGAUGGAGAGCAUGGAGAAACGAUUGUCUAAAUACAGAGUUCUUGCUGUUCACACUGAGAAGCUACUGCAACAGAUGGAGGACCUGGCUGACCUGACUGAGGAGGUCUCCUCACGUCAGACUGAAGUCGACAGCACCACGGACUCAGGCCUCGAACUCAUGAAGCAUAUCUCCAGUGAUGAGGCACUCCAGCUGAAGGAUAAACUCGACUCCCUUCAGAGGAGGUUCAACGACUUGGUGACUCGAGGCUCAGACCUACUCAAGCACGCCCAGGAGGCUCUCCCCCUCGUCCAGCAAUUCCACGACAAUCACAACAGGCUGAUGGAUUGGAUGCAGGGGGCAGAGGGUGCCCUGCAGUCAGCAGAGCCUCGAGAGGAGGAGAUCAUUCGUCUCGAGAUGGAGAUCUCCGAGUACAGGCCAGUUCUCGAUAAAAUCAACACUGUUGGACCCCAGUUGUGCCAGAUAUCGCCUGGAGAGGGUGCUGCUACCAUCGAAGGUCUGGUGACACGAGACAACAGGAGGUUCGAUGCCAUUGCCGAGCAGAUCCAGAGGAAGGCUGAGAGAAUUCAACUCAGUAAACAACGAUCUCUGGAGGUGAUCGGUGACAUUGACGAACUCCUCGAGUGGUUCAGGGAAGUGGACACUCAACUUCGUGAGGCAGAGCCCCCCAGCAGUGAACCAGAGAUCAUCAGGGUCCAGCUGAAGGAGCACAAAGCCCUGAACGACGACAUCUCGAGUCAGAAGGGACGAGUUCGUGAUGUCAUUUCAACGGCUAAAAAGGUGAUUCGUGAGAAUACUCAUCACGAGGACACGUCCACCAUUCGUGAGAAGAUGGAGGACCUUCGUGAGACCAUGGAGACUGUCUCUGGAUUGUCAACUGAUCGUCUUGGUGCCUUGGAGCAGGCCCUGCCACUGGCUGAACAUCUGAGGGACACUCAUGCUGGUUUAGUCAGCUGGCUGGAGGAAGUGGAGCAUCAAGUGUCGAUGCUCCCAAUGCCUGCCCUGAGACCAGACCUGAUUGCAGCUCAGCAGGACAAGAACGAGCUCCUCAUGCAGAGUAUCAACGAGCAUAAACCGUUGAUAGAGAAAUUAAACAAGACUGGAGAGGCACUCAUCAGACUCUGCAACGACGAAGAGGGUGCAAAGGUGCAGGACAUUCUCGAUGCUGACAAUGCUCGUUAUGCAGCACUGAGGGCCGAGCUGAGGGCUCGUCAACAGACCCUCGAGCAGGCACUCCAGGAGUCCUCGCAGUUCUCUGAUAAACUCGAGGGAAUGCUGCGUGCACUGGGCUCAACAGCUGAUCAGGUGAAUGGGGCUGAGCCCAUCAGUGCUCAUCCCCCACGUCUCAGGGAUCAGAUGGAGGAGAAUGCGGCUCUUGCUGAUGAUUUGGCCCAGAGGAAUGAGGCUUAUGCGGCUGUGAAGAAAGCUGCUGACGAUGUCAUCAGUAAAGCUGGCAAUCGUGCUGAUCCAGCCGUCAAGGACAUCAAGAGGAAGUUGGAGAAGUUGAAUAAAUUGUGGGCUGAGGUGCAGAGGGCCACCACUGAUCGUGGCCAGACACUCGAUGACACUCUGGCUGUUGCUGAGAAAUUCUGGUCUGAGUUGACUGGUGUCAUGUCGACACUUCGAGAGCUUCAGGAUGCUCUUGCUGGACAGGCACCACCUGCUGCACAGCCAGCUGCCAUUCAACAGCAGCAGGUGGCUCUGCAGGAGAUCAGGCAGGAGAUUGAUCAGACUAAACCUGAUGUCGAGCAAGUCAGGCAGUCUGGGCACGAGCUCAUGGGCCUCUGUGGGGAGCCUGACAAGCCCGAAGUCAGGAAGCAUAUUGAGGAUUUGGAUCAGGCAUGGGAUAAUGUCACUGCACUGUAUGCCAGACGUGAGGAGAACCUCAUCGAUGCCAUGGAGAAGGCCAUGGAGUUCCACGAGACGCUGCAGAAUCUUCUCGAGUUCCUCCAGGAGGCUGAGGACAAGUUUGCUGAUAUGGGCCCUCUUGGCAGCGACAUCGAUGAAGUCAAGAAGCAGAUUAGGCAACUGGCGAACUUCAAGGCUGAGGUCGAUCCACACAUGGUGAAGGUGGAGGCUUUGAACAGGAGUCUGACGAGACAAGCAGCUGAGUUGACGGAGAGAACGACUUCUGAGCAGGCAGCGGCGAUAAAAGAGCCCUUGGGAGCAGUCAAUCGUCGAUGGGAUGGACUCCUUCGUGGAGUUGUCGAGCGCCAGCGCCUCCUGGAGAACGCCCUCCUGCGCUUGGGGCAGUUCCAGCACGCCCUGGACGAACUCCUCGUGUGGAUAGACAGGACAGAUCGUACGCUUGACGACCUCAAGCCUGUUGCUGGCGAUCCUCAGGUGAUCGAGGUGGAGCUUGCCAAAUUAAAGGUCCUAGUCAACGACAUCCAGGCUCACCAGACGAGCGUGGACACGCUGAACGACGCUGGAAGACAGCUGAUCGAGGAUGGGAAAGGAACAGCCGAGGCAUCAACAACAGCCGAAAAACUAGGAACUCUGAACAGAAGAUGGAGAGAUCUCCUCCAGAGAGCUGCAGAUCGUCAACGAGAGCUCGAGGACGCCCUGCGCGAGGCCCAGACCUUCACAGCAGAGAUCCAAGACCUCCUCUCCUGGCUGGGAGAGGUCGACAACAUGAUCGUGGCAUCAAGACCAGUGGGAGGCCUCCCCGAGACAGCCUCAGAACAGCUCGAGAGAUUCAUGGAGGUGUACAACGAGCUCGAGAUGAACAGACCGAAAGUGGAGACUGUGCUUCAGCAGGGCCAGGAGUACCUGAAGCGAGCCAAUGCCUCGAGUGCUAGUUCCCUCAACCACAACCUGAGGACGCUGAAGCAGCGGUGGGACAGCGUGACUGCUAGAGCAAGCGACAAGAAGAUUAAACUCGAAAUAGCCCUGAGGGAGGCCACAGAGUUCCACGACGCUCUCCAGGCAUUCGUCGAUUGGUUAACGAACGCUGAGAAGGUCCUGACGAAUCUCAAGCCUGUGUCCAGAGUGAUGGAGAACAUCCUGGGCCAGAUAGAGGAGCACAAGCUCUUCCAGAAGGACGUGGGUGUUCACAGGGAGACGAUGCUCAAUCUUGACAAGAAGGGAACGCAGUUGAAGUACUUCUCCCAGAAGCAGGACGUCAUUCUCAUAAAGAAUCUCCUGGUUUCCGUCCAACACAGGUGGGAGAGAGUGGUCUCAAAAUCAGCUGAGAGAACGAGAGCUCUGGACCAUGGGUACAAGGAGGCCAGGGAGUUCCACGAUGCCUGGUCUCACUUGAUGAACUGGCUCGACGAGACUGAGAGAACUCUGGACGACAUGGCGUCUGAGGGAGUUGGUGGUAACGACCCAGAGAAGAUUAAAUUCAGGUUGAAUAAACAUCGUGAGGUGCAGAAGGCCCUCAGUGCCAAGCAGGGAACAUACGACAACACCAUGAAGUCUGGGAAGACUCUCAAGGACAAGGCACCCAAGUCUGAUGAGCCAGCGUUGAAGGAAUUAUUGUCUGAGUUGAAGAGCAAGUGGACAACUGUCUGUGGUAAGAGUGUCGACAGGCAGAGGAAGCUGGAGGAGGCUCUGCUGUUCUCUGGACAGUUCAAGGACGCCAUUCAGGCACUUUUGGACUGGCUCCAGAAGACCGAGAAAAUGCUGGCCAAUCCUGGACCGCUUCAUGGGGAUCUCGAUACUGUUACCAAUCUGUAUGAGCAGCACAGAUCAUUCGAGAGGGAUUUGGAGUCGCGGGCCAGCCAGAUGGAGUCUGUCAUCAGGACUGGAAGGGAGUUGGAGUCGAAAGCUACUAUUGAGGAUGCCUCGACAAUCAGGUCGCAGUUGAGUGAGGUUAAUUCACUCUGGAAUACUGUUAACAGAUUGUCUGUUAAUAAAUCGUCGAGACUGGAGGAGGCACUCAGGGAUGCUGAGAGACUUCACAAAGCUGUUCAUGUUCUGCUGGAGUGGCUCAGUGAUGCCGAGAUGAAGCUCAGAUUUGCUGGACAACUGCCUGAGGACGAGCAGGAGAGCAGAAAUCAACUAAUGGAGCACGAGAAGUUCCUCAGGGAAUUGCAGCAGAAGGAGGUGGAGAAGGAUCGCACUCUGGAGCUUGCUCACACCAUUCUGGGGAAGUCUCAUCCUGAUGGAGCUGCUGUUAUCAAACACUGGAUCACUAUUAUUCAGUCCAGGUGGGAUGAGGUUGCCACUUGGGCACAUCAGAGGAACCAGAGGCUCGAGAGCCAUAUGCAAGGACUCCAGGAUCUUGAUAAUCUUCUGGAGGAGCUAUUGGCUUGGCUUGAGGGACUCACUCACACGUUGAUCACUCUGGAGUCUGAGGAACUCCCUGAUGAUCGUCCCAGUUUGGAGGUUCUCAUUGCUGAUCACAGGGAAUUCAUGGAGAAUACUAGUCGCAGGCAGAAUGAGGUCGACAGUGUCUGCAAGGCCCGGCAGAUCAAAUCUGUCAAAGAUCCCAGGAAGAUGUCCAAGUCGAAACUGUCUGGAUCUGUUAAGGACGGUCUGUACCAAGACACCGAUGACGAUCAGCCACUCCGCAAGCAGAGCUUCAAGGGCAGCCGAGACCUCUUGCAAUCUAGACGUGGAAGCCGAGCCAGUCCAGGUCGUGAGAGAACACCAGAUCCUAAUCUGCCACACAUUGGGCCGCGCUUCCCACCCAAAGGAAGCAAAGGGGCUGAGCCAGAGUUCCGCAAUCCCCGCGUGAAGCUCCUGUGGGACCGCUGGAGAAACGUCUGGAUGAUGGCCUGGGAGAGACAGCGUCGUCUCCAGGACAAACUCAAUUACAUAGACGAACUCGAUAGAGUCAAGAACUUCAGCUGGGAGGAGUGGCGCAAGAGAUUCCUCAAGUUCAUGAACCACAAGAAAUCGAGACUGACGGAUCUCUUCAGGAAGAUGGACAAGAACAAUGACGGCCUCAUUCCCAGGGACGAUUUCAUCAAUGGCAUCAUGAACACGAAAUUCGAUACGUCGAGGUUGGAGAUGAAUGCUGUCGCCGAUCUGUUCGAUAGACAUGGUGAGGGUCUCAUUGACUGGAAGGAAUUCAUCGCUGCAUUGAGGCCCGAUUGGGAGGAGAGGAAGACUUACAAUGACACUGAUAAGAUCCAUGAUGAGGUCAAGAGGCUUGUCAUGCUGUGUACUUGCAGACAGAAGUUCAGGGUCUUCCAAGUUGGUGAAGGGAAAUAUAGAUUUGGAGACAGUCAAAAGCUGCGUCUCGUUCGUAUCCUCCGCUCAACCGUAAUGGUCCGAGUGGGAGGUGGCUGGGUGGCCUUGGAUGAGUUCCUAGUGAAGAACGACCCCUGUCGCGCCAAAGGACGAACGAAUAUUGAGCUGCGGGAGCAAUUCAUAUUGGCGGAUGGUGUCAGCCAGACAAUGACAGCGUUUAGAUCAAAACCAAGUCCAACAUCGACACUACAACGCACACCAUUGUCUUCAGCUGGUCCAAUAACUAAGGUUCGAGAGCGCAGCGCCAGGAGCGUUCCCAUGGGCCAGACACGUGCCUCGCGCACUUCGUUGAGUGCAGGAACACCAGACAGCCUCAGCGAUAACGAGAGCUCCUUCAGAUUGCCAGCGAGGAAGACAAGCACGCCUUACAGAAGUGCUGUAACACCAGGAGGCAGUCGUCCGUCCAGUCGUCCAGCGUCUCGUCCAGCGAGUAGACCGAGCAGUAGGCCGGCAUCGAGAACAGGCAGCAAGCCACCGAGUCGCUACGGCUCGACCCAGUCCCUGGACAGUACCGAUGAGUCUGGCACACCGAGUCGUAUUCCCCGAAGAAGUGUGGGAACAACCGGAAACACACCGACAUCAAGUCGUCACAACAGUGUUUCCGGUAGAAAACUGGGUGCUCCAGUCAAUGGCUCAUCCUCACGUUCACGCACACCAACUGGGCUAAUGAGUCCUGCCAGUGGAGUGCCAUCAAGAGUGAGUUCAAAUCUAUACCGACCAUCGAGCAUUCCAACUCUGUCUGGUGUCGGAACACCGUAUAGUCGUUCUCGGAUUCCCGUGUACGUUGGACCGGAAAUUAAAUCUCCCCAAUCGACAACGAGUAAUUUCUCAACUUAUUCCACGCAAAGCAACCACUCAACAAUAUCAACUGACUCCACUGGGGGCAGUUCGGUCAAUACCAGUUCAGCAACUAACACAUCAUCAGCUGUAAAGCAAGCUAGAACAAGAACACCGUCGAGUGGCUCGACAACGCCAUUACCACCGGGCUCGAAAUUAUCAAGAAAGCCAUCAGGUGCGUCUGACACAUCAGUAUCCACUCCACUGAGCUCGCGAAAAGGAGCCAAACCUACGCCCAUCGAGCAGAGAGCACCAUUUAGAUUAUAAUUGAAUAAAAUAUUCAAAUAACAGACUUAUAAUAACUAAUAACGAAAAAAAAAAUAAGCAUACGAUAAAAAUGCAUACUUCAUACGAGCUUUCUUACGGCUAUUUGUAUUUUCAAACAAGAAAAAUAUGGAAAAAAAUUCUAUAAAAAUGUUUUCGCAGUGCUGGUGAGCAUAACUGUUAGAAUUGUCUAUGAAAAUAGGCAAUACGAUUAAUAUAAAUGAGUAUUAGAUUAUAUGAAAGAAAAAGUAUCUAUGAGAGAUCCACAUGUGUGAACUCAAUAUCAUUAUCGAGUCUCCGUCGUUUAUCAGUCUUUUUCUUAAUUAAUGAAGAGAAAUGAAGUUCUCUGUUUCCUAGUUUAAGCCCUGUAAAAUACGAGUCAUUCAUUGGCCACUGGUCAAUUAUCAAAGAAGUAAAGUGUUCUUAAAGAAAAUGAAGAGAUACUAAUAUUAUGUCAUGCAUCAGCAUGAAGAGAUCGACGAGAAAAUUACCGCACCUUUUGAAAUGCCAUUGCGUUUAAUUAAUCACAAAUGAGUUCAAAAAAUGAAAAUAAUAAUACCAGUGAAGAAAACAAUUUCUAUGAGAUAUUGGUAGUAUCGUAUGAAGUUUUUAAUCUGAAGAUUUAAUUCUAAGGAUUCGACUAAAACGUAAAAGAUUAAAUAGUUAAAAGGAUUAAUGUGAUUUUACAUGAAUAUCGAGCUCUGUCACGGUUCGGGGGUAAUAAAAUAACAUCAAUUAUGAAUUCGGUACAGAGCACUCGAUGUUCAGUGGAACAUCACAUUUGUCAUUGUUAAAAUUUUUUUAAUAUAUUGAAAUGAGAUGAAAAUGCUAAAACACUUUAUUUGAUUAAAUAAAACGACAGAUGAUGAAUUAAAGUUGAAACUAAUAUAAUUUCAUCGAUUUAGGGAAUAGAUAUUGAUCGUUUUUAUAAACUGUAAUAAAUAAUAAUAAAUGAUACAAUUGAUCAUCCUAAAAUAGGAGUUGAAUAGUAUAUGUGAGUGUUUUGUGCAUCAGAAUAAUAUCGUUUUCCAUUGAUUUUUUUUCUCUGCAAUCAUGCAUUAUGAUCCUUUUUUGUUAUUUAUACAUUUCAAUUUCUUUUGCUUAAUUCGACAGAUGCAUAAUUGAUCAUCAAUUAUGAGCGGGGGAAUAUAUUGUGUAAAUAUUGGUUGAUUCUCUUGCUCCAAUGAAGAAAACAUGGUAUUAAAGAGUAGUUAGCAUAAAAAGAUUGUAAAAAGGAGGAAAACAUUAAGUGAAUGAGAAUCAAAGCAAGCCUGAACGUUCAUGAGGCACAAAUCAUAAAUGCAAACAAACAUUAGCUCUUCAUUUUCAAUGCAUGCCAACAUCAUUCUGUUCUUUCUUCAUUUAUUAUUUCCGAGGAUCUGAAAGUAAGUUUAAUGCAAUAGAUAAGUGAAAUAUUCUAAAAAAUGUGUGGGUGUUGAGAAAAUUCACCAGAAAAGGCCCUCAAUUCCAAUUCUUUUGUAUUGAAAAAAAAUGCAAUUAACAAUAAACUCCCAGUUUUCUAAUAUCAUUUUCUAAUACGAUUAAUGUAUUAACGAUUUAUAUGAGAAAUUUUAUUCUGCCUUAAUGUAAAAUUCUGUAUUGUCGCUAAUAACGCUGUGAAAAAUAUAUAUGUAGAUAUAUAUUUAAA